AUGGCUGAUCUCAAGGAAGAAGAAUAUGUACAUAAAGUCUACAAUGAAAUUGCCCCUCACUUCUCAGAGACGCGGUACAAACCUUGGCCGAUUGUUACUGACUUCCUGAUGACUAGACCUAUGGGAAGUGUUGGUAUAGAUGUUGGGUGUGGUAAUGGGAAAUACCUGAAUGUGAAUCCAAAUAUAUAUAUAAUUGGUUCAGAUCGGUCUUCUGGUCUUAUACAAUGUGCGCACGAAAUUGAUCCGAUUAACUAUAACGUUCUUGUCGCGGAUGGUAUGCGUCUGCCGCAUUUAGACAAUAGGUUUGAUUUUGCAAUUUCCAUCGCUGUGGUGCAUCAUUGGACUACGAGGGAGCGUCGUAUUAGUGCAAUCAAGCAUAUUCUAAGUAAAGUAAGAUCAGGUGGGCAAGCACUUAUAUACUGCUGGGCGUUGGAACAAGGAAAUUCACGUAGAGGAUAUCAUGAAGGAAUGGAACAAGAUGUUCUAGUGCCAUGGGUUUUACAAGAGAAAAAGAAGAAAGAACCGACAAAAAAGCAGUCUUCUCAAAGAGCUAAGCCAGAUUUAACGAACGUUGCACCUCAGGAUAGAGCAGCAUUUGUUGCAAAUUGGAAGAAAGAGCAAGAACAAUUGAGAUUAAAAGAGGAAGAAGCAAAGCAGAAAAAUGAAGAACAAAAAGAAGAUGUCAAAUAUAGGUUCUAUCACUUAUAUAAAAAGGGUGAAUUGGAAGAAGAUUGUGAAGCAGCAGGUGCUAUAGUAGUAAGAGGAGGCUAUGAAAAGGAUAACUGGUAUGUCAUCGCUCAGAAGGCUUGA